UACCCGAAAGGGAGGCAAGACCUACCCACUUCAAGCUCAGUCCUGCCCCCUUCUAAUCUCUUAGUUGGCCCCCUGUCAACUCGAACCGUCAGUGCGCGUUUUCUCUUAACGCGGGACAGCUGUAAUGGGAAAGAGAACAUAAUCAGAAUUCGAGUAAGCAUUCGAGGGGCCCGGAACUGCACUUCCUCACCGCUCUUCGGCCGCUUCUGAUCAACCAGAAGAUUCGUGUGCGCCCUCUAGUGGUCCGUUGAAACAUGAGCGCGUAGCUGUCCCAUGACUAUAUAUCAAACUGAAUUGUCGUGCGGUGCAUUGGAUUACGUCGAUUUUAAACAGUUGGAGUACAUUUACUGAAACCUAGCGCAAAGAAACUGAAUGCCUCUUCCAGACCCGAACCUCCUUUAUUAUUCAAAGCGUUCUCUUUGACAUCAUACGAAUUUAUUUUCUCUGAACUAAAUCUGUUUUGAAGUUAUGGCUUGCACAUGGACUACACAAGGAUUUUCAUGAUUUAACACGGCAAAAUUUUGGGAAGUAAAGUGUAUUUUGGGGGCCUCUGAAAUAUGGAUGCUUCCAGAGCCAACUGCGUAGUGGCCACACCCACACCGCUGCCCGUCUCACCCUCCUCGCAAUAUCUGCUUCGCUUCUUCCGUGAUUACCAGAACAACUCGGUCAUAGUGGCGCACUACAACUACACCGGCAAACUGAAAGAGAACAAGUACCGAGAUGGCCUGAAGCCCGAGGCCAUCGUGUUCCUGAUCAUCUGCCUGCUCAUUGUGCUGGAGAACGCCGUGGUGCUGGUGGCCAUCUGGAGGAACAAGAAGUUCCACCUGCCCAUGUACUACCUGCUGGGCAACCUGACUCUGUCCGACCUGCUGGCCGGGUUCACCUACAUGGUGAACAUUGUGAUGUCCGGGCCCAACACGAUGAAGCUGACCCCGCUGCUGUGGUUCCUGAGGGAAGGGGGCGUCUUCAUCACGCUGGCGGCCUCCAUCAUCAGCCUGCUGGCCAUCGCCAUCGAGCGCCACGUCACCAUGGUGAACAUGAAGCCCUACCACGCGGGCAAGCGGGGCCGCAUGUUCGCCCUGAUCGCCGGCAGCUGGGUGCUGUCGGUGCUGCUGGGCGUGCUGCCCAUCAUGGGCUGGAACUGCAUGGGCAGCCUGGAGGACUGCUCCACCGUGCUGCCGCUCUACUCCAAGAGCUACAUCCUGUUCUGCAUCACCGUCUUCAGCGGCGUGCUGCUGGCCAUCGUGGCGCUGUACGCGCACAUCUUCCGCAUCGUCAAGUCCAACACGCAGCGGCUGGGCAGCCUGCGCAAGGGCCUGGCGCGCAAGUCGCAGAAGUACAUGGCGCUGCUGAAGACGGUCACCAUCGUGCUGGGCGCCUUCAUCGUCUGCUGGCUCCCGCUCUUCGUGCUCCUGCUGCUGGACUUCUGCUGCCCGGUGCGCAGGUGCAGCGUGCUCUUCAAGGCCGACUACUUCCUGGGCAUCGCCAUGGUCAACUCGCUGCUCAACCCCAUCAUCUACACGCUGACCAGCAAGGACAUGCGGCGGGCCAUAAUCAAGCUGCUCUGCCGCCACUGCCUCAUGACCGAGGACGGGCACAUCAAGAAGAUCGGCGUGCCCUUCCUGGAGUGCAGCACCAGCAAGGCGGAGGUGGCCUCCCACCGGCUGGAGGGUCUGGAGACCACGCUGUCCUCGGGCAACAUCACCCCGUCGCCCAUCAAGGCCUUCUACCCUAAGGGGCCGAACUCCUGAGCCUGGGGCUCAUCGCUGGAGGCAUAACCUGACUCGGCAAAGCCCUGGGAUUUGCCUAGGUGUUGGGAAUCAGGUUGGGGUUGUUGGUGUCAAGGUGGGCUGCUUUAGUGACCAGAUAAGUCUGAAAUCAGGUCCUGCAUGGCCUCAAUCCUUUUCUCAAUUCCUCUUUUUUAAUCACAGAGGGGAAAAAAUGGCUUCAGACUGUUUUAAAAUGACUGAGGUUGUAACAGUAGUAAUGGUAGAUAAAUAAAGUUAUGCAGGACGGUCCCUUCCAUCAUUUUAUAACUUUUGUUCUACCUUUGGCACCAUCAUUUCCCUGAACUGAAGAGGUAUAAAAUUCCACUUCUUUCUUCAGGUUACCCAUGUAGCAGAAUUGAAUCAACUUCCCAGUGAUGAUUUAAGAAGUGCCUUGCAGAUAAACUAAGACAACUCUGUAAAUAUGGAAGCUCUUUUUCCUUCCACAUUUUACAUUUCUGAUUUGCACAGAGAGUGCUGUUGCCGUUUCACUGAGCUCUACAAAGUCAAAGGAGGUUAAGUGUGCUUCUCAUUAGCCUCCUGAGGAGACUGCACAAGGAUACACAAAGGUAUUGCUGAAGAGAGAGUGUACAGGCUGUGUUCACUGAAACAAUCCCAAUUUUUGCUCAAGUGGGUUAUACUGACAGUGCUUCAAGUCGCAGGCACCCAUGCUGUUUUCACAGCACUUCUUGACAAAACCCUCUGUGCUCUUGUACACCAAGAUUUUGCUAGUUGGAAUGCCUGGGCUGGUGACGCUGUCUGACUGGUUUUGAUAACCAACACAAAAUGCUGAGUAGCAGAGACUGGGUUUGCAAAGAGGGUGCAACUUUUUUUUUUUUUUUUUACACCAAGAACAAGGCUGUCCAAGGAAAGGAUGCAGGCCAGUGAAGAUGAAGGGGGAACAAAUUCUCACAUUAGCUGCAGACAAAUAGCGUGAGACAAUGUAAGCCAUAUCUGUUUUUGUUGUUUUUUGUUUUUGUUCAUUGGAGGGGAGGCAGCAACUGCAAAGCAACUUCAAAGCACUUGCUUGACUCCAUCAUGCAUUUAAUUGGAAUUUUGUUUUGUUUUUUGCUUCAAUUCAGGUUUUCACCCCCACCCCCCACCCCCCCCGCCCCCACCUUUUAAGUGAUCUGUUACUUUUGUUACCUUCUCCCUAACCUGCUUAGUGAUUAAAUCAGUUCAAUCACAGCUUGCCACUAUGAAGUUGAGUGUUUGACUACCACUGUCUCUCUCUCUAGAGAGUAUUGUACAGUAUUGUAUGUGUGUGUCCUCUGCUGACUCCGUUACAUGUGGGGCACAGUCCUUGUUGGGGUUUAGAGACUCAGCUACAAUCUGGCAGGAACAGUAUUUCCCUGUGAGCACUUCGUUCGCUGCAAGCAUUCAGUUUAAUGGCGGAGCCGACAUUAACAGCAGAUGAUCUUUUAUUGCACAUUUCACAAGCAUUAGGCAGAACAAGGUAGUAAGGCUGCCAUGAUCAUGCCCCAUUUAUUGGUCGGUGUCCAAGAUCCUGCACUUCCAAGAGCCAAAAAGUGAUCCAAAUAUUAUGCCAUGCAGUAGAAAGCCAACUUGGAAUAUUUCUUGAAAACAACGCGUCUUUCUCAUUGUAUGCUUGUAGUUUCGCUAUUAUUGUAUGUGUGCGGGUGUGUGAUUGUGUGAGUGUGUGUGUGUGUGUGUGUGGGGUGGGGGGGUGGUCAUUAUACAUUUCUAAGAAAAUCAGACCUCAGAUCUCUUUAUUCACCUUAAACAUGGAUGUGUAGAAUGUAGAUUAUGUGUCAAAAUGCAGUAGUCAAAAUGUGUAUAAAAGCUUUUUAUGCUUUCUAAAAACCCUAUAUUUUUAAGUUAUGUGCCCUUCUUGUUACUGUUUUGUAUGCCCAUUGAAAAAAUAAAAAUGUAUCUUGUUUAUGGA